CUCUAUAUAACUUUCUGAUGCAUUGUCCUUGCUUCAUGGUCGCUACCACUGAUCAUUCUAAUACAUGUUCAUACUAAUUUCUAUUACAAGAACAGUUUAGAGAGUGAUUAUAACAUGGGUGACUCUUCAGCCUCAUACAUACACAUGGUACAACAUAUGAUAGAGAAGUGUUUGAUCUUCCGCAUGAGCAAAGAAGAAUGCAUGGAAGCCCUUUCUAAACACGCGAACAUCAAACCAGUCAUCACUUCCACCGUGUGGAACGAGUUAGAGAAAGAGAACAAGGAGUUCUUUGAGUCAUAUACACAGUCUCAAUCUUCAAGCGGAUCAAACCGGAUGUCAGAAGCCGAGACUAGCGAAUUGAUUCAAAAGAUGAUAUCCGACAAUGAAUCAAACAAGUCGGAUAAAGAUGACUAGUAAUUAACUUCAAUUUCAAUAGUUAUAUUAUUUCUAGUAGUGGUCGACUUAUGUAUGUAUGUAAAGGGUAGUACCAUGUAUUAUUGGUCGUCUUACCAUCCUGAUCUAAGUGAAAUGACUAGAGUGCCCUUGGACAAUGAUUGGGUAGUUUACGAAGUGACAUACGGGUAUUUUGGUAAAUUCAGGCAGGGGUGGGGCUAUAAUCUUAGUGCAUCAAAUUUGCUGGGAAUAGUCACUGUCCAAUGAAGAGCUUCAGCAUAUAAUAUAUGUAACACUGGGGAGAUCUCAUGUGAUGUGAGAAUUGUCUCUUUUUUGUUCUUAUAUCUAUAUUUAAUAAUUGAAGCUAAAAUUGUUGGUCCAUCAA